AUGUUCGUCGCGGGGCUCGAUGUCCCACCAGGAGAACGCGACCCAUUUCGCUCUCUAAUUAUCAGGCUACGUGAGGUCCUCACAUCCCGUCCAAAGGGCCUCGUUUGGGACAAAAAUCGGGCAUCUGCGUUUAACAUUCUUCUGAAUCUUCGAUUUCCACCUAGGAAGAUCGUCUCGCCAGAGAAUCCAUCGAUUCCUCCUCAUUCUCCUCUCUCACCUCUCGUCCCGACCUCACCACUGUACCCUGAUGGCUUGAUCGCACCUGUCUGGGUGCGUAAACACGUAGAACUUAUCCCGUCUAUAUACGUCUUAUUUCUCAGAUUAUGGGAAUCUCCUCCGCCUCUUUCCCCAUUAGAAGGCAGAGAAAAGGAGCUUGAGGAAGAACGCUCUCAUGACCAAGAAUUGGCAAACGAGCUUGCUUCCCGCAAACGAGCCCUCGCAGAACGAGGCAUCAAGUUAACAGCGGUGCUACUUGCAAGUAGACGUCUCCUUGACGAUCCGGGACUGGACGCCCGUUUGACCUAUCUUCGAAGGCAGAGCUCAUUAGAUGCACGUGCAGCAUUGUUCGUACUCAGUCCCGUCAGCAAUAACGAGCUGCAGGAGUUUGUAAAGAGUCUCACAGAGGCACUCCGGGAGCCUUCAUUGGAGUACUAUACAGCUCAUUCGAAACGAGUGCGAAGAAAGAGGAACAAGCAUUCAAGCUCUGCAUAUAGUGGCUAUCCAACAUCUAUCGUCGCGACAUCACGAUCUGUACCACUGCGGCCAAUUGGAUGGACUGUACGGUACGAAUACAAGCUAGCCACAUUUGCGGAGUUUCGUUUCGAAGAAGAGGUUGCUCGCAAACACUAUGAAGACUGCUGGAAUGCACUCUCGGAGAUGUUUGGCUCCACAUCCGUACUCCCUCCCCGUACCAAAAGAUGGGCAGAAGCCAAAGUUCUGGCAGACUGCGUAGCCAUCAAGAUCUACAAGUUCUAUCUUUAUUAUAAUGAGCACAAUCUGGCCCUGGCAUUCUUCAAUAAGCAUGUCAAUAGAUUUUGCGCAUUGUCCAGGACAUGGGGGAUAGGCGAAGAUACCUUCGAAUACUGGAGCUGGUUGGCUCGCCAGUACCGGAUCUUGGCGGAACUACUGGAGAUUGCACUCCGUGGUGGACUACGCCUACCUAGGACCACCCCUCAAAGUGCCGAGGAUCGACCUGCUACAUUGCCUACCGAUACUCCAGAAACACUAGGUCUCAAUCCGUCGACUGUCUUGCAACAUCCCGGAUUCUACUACUUUAAAGCCGCCGCCGCUACCCAAGAGCGCCUGAAACGCUUCAAAAUAAUCGAAGAUGCAGAGACCAUCCAACCGUCGGCCAUUUCCGGAUCACCGGCCUUCAACAACGAGAAAAAGGUCGACCAUUGGGAUAUCAUUCUUGAACUCUACUCCAAAGCCUACGAGCAGUUCAAGCGUUUCUCAGCCGGUCACAGUCGACUCACCUUCUUCGUCGCUGUUCAGAUCGCUACCAGCUAUCACGCGUCAGGCAAACAUGACCUUGCCGUCAAAUUUUUCGAGCGCAUCGUCAAAGUUUACCACAAGGAACGCUGGGGCCCUAUGCUGAAGCCCUUACUCUCGUUAUGGUAUGAGUCGGCGAAGCAACUGGAGAACAUUGAAAUGUGUAUCCGGCUAGUGUUUGAACGCAUGGCCCUAGGCACAAGUGCUGAGAACGACGUUUUAUCACAAGAUUUACUGGGUAUACUUAUGACCACAAAACCGAGCUCGACUUCCGAGCCAUUUGGUGUUGAACUGUCAUCAGUGGAACCGAUUCUUCCUAGCUCGGUCGUCUUCUACGAAAGUGAAACCCCGAUCAGUGUCUCGACUCCGUUCCAGCUGCAUUUGCAGAUCCCUUCGACAACUGGUCUGCAUCUGCUACCGUUGGCGUACAUAGUCUUGCGAUUUUCAGAUGACCGACCACCUAUUGUUAUCCACCGCACUGGCAACCUACCUGAAGGACGAUCCCACAUCCUCCUUGGCGAUUUAGGGAGCGAGACAGAUGCCCCACCAGAGUUGAGCCGUGAAAUUGACUUGACCCCUGGCUCUACACGGAUCUCUGGCAUCGCUAUCGCAUUCCAAAAGGAGGACUGGAUAGUCGAAGUCAACUUCGAGCCAGCUAUCGCAUCCGCUUCAGAGAUUCAAUGGAUCCACAACUUGGAAACAUCCCCGCGGCUCAUUAAGCUGUAUCGAUCAGAUAUCUCAACAGUCAGGUUUCAAUCCUCGCCACACGAGUUUAAGGUUUUGGUUCACCAUGCAGGCAAAGCUCUCAUUGGAGAGGAGUAUCCAAUCGAGGUUGUCAUCGAGAGCCAGGAUGAUCGUGAGUUAGAGGUCACAUUCGACGUACUGUUGCAACCAGCAGAGAAUGAUACGAUUCACUACAUCUCUGCCGGAGAGGAACGUAGCACCAGCUUCCUGCGUGGUCUCAGGUUCAACAGGACUCUCCCUCCCUCUGGUCAAGUUUCACGUACGGUUUUUCUCAAUGCUGGUGGUCCUGGCAAGCGUGUGCUUGACAUUUCAUUCCGCUCAAUGAUUCCUGGCUCGGCCGUUUCGGAUACAGGAGACGAAGGCUCUGAACUGCUGCACACCAUCUCGGUCGAAGCAGUGGACCCCUUCUUCCACGCUUCUCACGUCCAUUACACGCAGCCAAAUCAUGGGCUACCGAAUGCUCCUACUUGGGAUACCCAAACCUAUCAAAGACAUGUGGCUGAGGCGAACAUCGUUACGCUGAUCCGGUGUUCGUCGGACUGCGACCUGGAGAUCCUGGAAAUAAAUUUCACCUCGGUUGACAACUCGAAAGCAUUUAUGAUUUCGUCCUCUCUGGGCACGGAUGAGGAUUGUCUAAGAUGGGCACCAGGGGAUGCAUUCUCUGCAGACGUUCGCAUUGGCAUACACGAUCCAAGCAACUUCGACGAGUAUGCUAUUGAGCCCGCCAUAGCUAGUCCCGUUCGGUUGGAUGUGAAGUGGAGGAGAGCUGGUAUCGUCCAUGCCAAUGUACCAGUGACAACGACGGCAAUCAUGCUGCCUGAGCUAACACCACCCCACGUGGGACUCACCAUUGUGAUUGAUCCACCAGCACAAGUGGUUCUUCAUCGGCCAUUCAUGCUCUCAGCCAUCGUUCGCAACAACGACCCACUUCGCUCCGCUGACCUCACCUUUACGUUGGAGCCAUCAGAUGGAUUCGUGAUUGCCGGGUUACGAUCUGGCGCACUCCCUCUACUACUUCCCGGAACCGAAAGUACAGUCUCCUUCAGCCUGAUUCCCCUCACGACAGGUAUUAUCAAGCUACCAAUAUUCAAAGUACAAAGACUUGUGGCCGAAGAUCCCUCAAACCCGCACCGGUCAGAGUCGGAGCUGGCCACUCGAACUGGAAUUGCUUCGGAGGUGGUUCCUGUUGUCGACGGGCGUUGGAACUUGAUGGACAAGGCGGGAAAUAAUAUAUACUUUUACUCGAGCGACGGCCAAGCUCUUGCCGGGAUUGAUUUAUCGCAGUGGUUGGCCGUAACUGUCGUCGCAUGGUAA